AUGGCCACCACCGCAGCCUCCGUUAAACCCUUCAGUCCGGAAGAGACUCAGAGGAUUGUGCAUUAUUUGCAGCAGCCAGCAGUCUUCUUGAAUAUGACCUGCGACUGGCCCGUUCUCAGCUGGACUGCAGAGCACCUGUCUGGCUGCCUUGGUGACAGACUUGUGCGAUUCAGACUUGGGAAAAAAGAGCAGACAUACGCUCCUCUGUUUGAAACCCAGUGCUCCUAUGUGGAGGCCAAGCUGGCUCAGUUUCUCAGCUGGACCCGGGGUCAGACUGGGACCGACGUCGGGCCUUUCUAUGCCUUCCCCUACUCAGAGUAUUGGGCCUAUGCUGACUACAAGUACAUUGCCAUGCUGUUUCAAGACCAGCCCUCCAUGUUUGAGGAUGUAAAGUGGUCCGAGUUCGGUUUUGAGGAGCGUAAUGGGAGAGAGAGCACCUUAUGGAUCGGCACAAAGGGGGCCAACACUCCAUGCCACCUGGACUCUUACGGCUGUAACCUGGUACUGCAGGUGCAAGGACGGAAGCGCUGGCACCUGUUCCCACCAGAGGACACUUCAAAACUCUACCCAACAAGGAUCCCCUAUGAGGAGUCUAGUGUCUUCAGUCAGGUGGACAUCCUGCAUCCAGACCUGAAGAAGUUCCCUGAUUUCCAAAAAGCCAGAGCCCACACGGUCACUCUGGAGCCAGGACAGGUGCUUUAUGUUCCCAAACAUUGGUGGCACUACGUGGAAUCAGUGGAUCCCAUCACCGUGAGCGUUAACUCCUGGAUUGAACUGGAAGGGGAUGACGUGGCGAGAGUUAGCGAAGCCGUGACCAAAGCUGUCGUCUGCGCCCUUAAAAGCACACCGAGCGAUGACAACGCUGACGACUGGCUCAACCCCACCGAGGAAGUAGUAGCGUCCCAUAAUGAGUACAUGCAGUAUGUGAAUCUGGCGGUGAGGGCCUGCACUCAAAGACAAAAGAGCGUCCAGCACCUUAAACCGACCCACGACCCAAAGGACACCCGUCCAGUCAAGCGGGACUCUAGCGGACAAGUCCGGAUUAACAGCGACCCUGUUGAGUAUUCUGCACCCGUCUUUUCUCCCUUUGGGCCUUAUCUCAUACCUGUGCUCUGUCAGCAAGAGGACUCACCAGACACAAUGGGCGUGACCCCGAAAGAUCCGGAGGUUAAAUCCUCCAGGAACUGUGUGAGCCAAACUCAUGAUGUCUGUGCUGUAGCUCAAAGAACAGAGCCUACAUCUGCUGCCAGAGUCCACCAGGGGAAACAUGAAUGUAGCCCUGGUUUAACUCACAGUAGACCAUGUGACCGCAGUGAUGGGAACACACAGGACUCAGAGGACUGUCGGGAAUCAAUACACACAACAAUAACCACUAAUGACCUGCUUGACUGCCUGGUGCAUCCUGAUGUCAUCGCCCGUGUCACUGAACUUCUAUUGGAAAGACACGGAGGAAGACACAGGUCCACCACAACGCUCUAGCUUUAAUAUUCACAGACCUGAAUAUCCAAUAAUGUCUCCCAAAAAAUGCUCAUUGACUACUAAUGGCACAGCGUGAAAAUGUCAGGAUGUGCCUGUCUGUGCUCGUCUCCUCUGGACGUCUCGCUGUAAUUUAGAACUGUGAGAAGAAGAAAAAAACCCCAACCUCCCAGCUCCUGCUGUUGCUUCGGUGUCAUUAAAAAAAAGCGAGGGGAGGAAAGAUGAAGAUUAAUGAAGCAUUUCACCCUACUUUUUUAUUUUCUUUCUCUCCUCUCAUCUGUCAAGGUCUUCCAGAGAUUAACCCCAAAUGCGAAAAGUCACAAACCAAAACAAACCUUAAUGCGACGAGUGACGCCAUCGAGUGGGCUCUAACGUUUCCUUGUUUGUUUGUCCUGCACAUACUAAUCCUGUUUGGUGAUCCCCGCAGCAAGAAAAAUGACCACUUAAAUCAAUUUUGUAUGCUAAUACGCCAAAUAAUUCAAGAUAAUAUUCAUGGGAUGUGAGCAUUUAUUUUCAGCAUAAUGUUCCCCCUGUCAUUUAGUGAUGAGAAUUGUCAUUGAACAGGCAACGAGGGCUGAGUGUAAUGGCCCGGUGAUUGAUGGCAGCUGGGUAAGGAGCGAUGAAUGAAGCGGGUCUGUUUAAAUACAAUCUGCCGCCACAAGUCACACACACUGUGAGAAAAGGGAAGGAUGCUCAUGUACAAGAAUAAUAAAUGUAAUAUUUUUCAU